AUGCCGACGGCUAAGCCGUCGGCAUGGGCUGACCUUAUCCACAGCCGCACCCACCCCCUCCACUCAUUCUUCCUCCCCCCACCGUCUCCCCCCGCCCGACCCCGAUCCCCACCCGCGCCGCCGCCGCCCUAUCCCGAUCCUCGCCGCUGCCCCAUCCCCUCCCCCAACUCCGGCGUCGCCCCGCCCCCAUCCCAUCCCCUCCCCACCGCCGCCGCGCCGCCCGCCACUGCCCGCGCCGCCCCCAUCCCCUCCCCCACCGCCGCCGCACCGGCCCCAAUGCCCGCGCCGCCCCAAGACGGCCGUCGACGCCGCCGGGCCGGCCCGUCCCCGUCAUCGGCCGCCCCGUCCCCGGCGGCCCCAUCCCCGGCUGCGGCCGCCCCAUCCCCGACUGCGCCGGCGGCCGACGCCACUGCCCCGCCCGUCGCCGCCCAUCUCCGCCCCGACCUCGUCGCCGCCCCGCCCUGCUCCGCCCUGCCUCUGCUUCGCCAGUGA